ACAGAUGCGUAAAUAACAACAGCCCUGAUAAAGAACUCCUUACGGAUCCUGAAGAUGUUCAAAAUGAAACGGCAAGACACUUUCAAAGAGUGGUUGGCUCACAAUAUUCUAACCCAUCUCUCCCUGAG